AGAUCUUUGCAUGUUUAUUUCAUAUCAAUUUCAUCCGGUUUUGGUGAAUUCAUAAACCACGUUGCUUUCCCGACGAAGUCAACCCGAAGUAUAUAUACACAGAUACAUCUAUAUAUAUAUAUAUAUAUCUAUAUAAGUUUAACAAAUGGAUGCCACAUCGUCUGUGACCAAAGAUGGUGAAGUAUCAGAAGACGCAAAGACACCCGUUGCAGAAAAUAAACCAGAAACCUCUCUGUCAGAUGAAAUUUCCAAACAGAAUAAGGACACAGAAGUAACAGAGUCUUCUCACACUAAUGCUGUGGACACUAAUAAUUCCAGUACCAAAAUAGGGGUCAGUGAUCGUAAAGGAGAAGCAAAAAUUAAGGCUCAAUAUCUGCUACUAGACUACAAACCGAAAAUAGAUACUGAAUUUGUUGCAAAAGAGACUCAAAAUGCCUUAAAACAUCUCAAUGAAGAGAACUCAGAAAAUUCAAGCUUGGAACCUCCUCCCAAAAAGUUACGAUUAAAAGGACGGAACAAAAAAAGACCCUUUGAGAAAAAGCUACAGGCUUGCGAGAAAUUAUGCGGCAGCAUCAUUCAGGAAAAAGAAUGUGCAUACGGCCCUAAAUGCAUAUUUCUGCAUGAUGUGAAAGCCUUUUGGGAAUCCAAACCCGAAGACAUAGGCCCAGAGUGCCAUCUGUUUACUAAAUUUGGCAGAUGUCCCUACAGUUUUUCUUGCAGGUUUGCACGGCACCACAUAUCUGAAUCGUUGGAAAAUAUGGUAAAUAAAGACAUCUAUGAAGGCGUGCCAUUGUCCAGAAAUAGCGUGAACCACUUGGAUAAGGAUGUACAGAGACUUCUGUGGAAGAGGAAGUAUGAUUUCAGUAAAUCUCAGAAGGUUUUGGAGGACUUAAACAAGAAAUCAAGCACAAACAAUGUACUGGAAGAUGGUCAAAAAGCUGAUAUGAAGAAAUUGGAUGCAGAUUCUUCCAGCCAGAAUAUAGGUUUUGUAUCUGAUGAAGAUCUCAUCAAAUUAAGACCAGCUGAAAAGAAAAAAAUUGACUUUUCAAACAAACUAUUUCUUGCACCUCUCACUACAGUUGGUAAUUUACCGUUCCGUCGGUUAUGCAAGAGUUACGGUGCAGACAUCACUUGCAGUGAAAUGGCCGUGGCCACAAGUCUACUCCAAGGUAAAACGGAAUGGGCUCUUCUCAAGCGACACGAAUCUGAAGAUAUUUUUGGAAUCCAGUUGUGUGGUGCCCAUGUCGAUUCCAUGACUCGCUGUGCCCAACUCAUUCAAGAGAACUGUAAAUUUGACUUUGUGGACAUCAACUGUGGUUGUCCUAUUGAGCUGAUAUACCAGAAGGGAGAAGGUUGCGCCCUGAUGGGAAGACCAAGCCGUCUUGAACAGAUUGUAAAAGGAAUGAAGUCUGUUUUAGAAGUACCACUGACAGUAAAAAUGAGGACAGGUAUUCAAGAUGGCAAGAAUAUUGCCCAUACUCUCAUCCCUAAGUUAACUAAAGUUGGGGUUGAUCUCAUCACUAUACAUGGCAGGUCAAGAGAACAACGUUAUACUAAACUAGCUGACUGGGACUACAUUAACCAGUGUUCACAAAUUUCAGAAACUGUUCCCUUAUUUGGUAAUGGGGAUGUUCUUUCAUUCGAAGAUGCCAAUUCCUUUUUAAGUAACACAUACGCUAAAGGGAUUAUGAUUGCAAGGGGAGCACUUAUCAAACCCUGGAUCUUCACAGAGAUUAAAGAAGAACGCCACUGGGACAUAUCUUCCAGUGAACGCUUAGACCUGCUCCGUCAGUUUGUUAGGAAUGGUUUUGAACACUGGGGAAGCGACCAUCAAGGUGUUGAGACCACCAGAAGAUUCCUUUUAGAAAUGUUGUCUUUCUCUCAUCGAUAUAUACCAGUCGGUGUUCUUGAGCGAGUUCCUCAGAAAAUCAAUGAGCGUCCACCAUAUUACGUGGGGCGAGAUGACCUUGAAACCCUCAUGUCCAGUUCAAAUUGUAGAGACUGGAUAAAAAUUAGUGAGAUGCUGUUGGGCCCAGUUACAGAGAAUUUCCAGUUUUUACCAAAACACAAGGCCAAUGCAUACAAAUAGUAUUUUAUUUUUAUAUUACACCCUUCGUGGAGAACAAAUAAAUAUAUAUAUAUAUAAAUAAAUAAAUGAAUGAAUAAAUAUAUAUAUAAACAGAUAUACCCGUAUGUAACUGCUAGAAUAUUCCAUCAGAGAACUGUUUAACCUUAAGUCUGUCUAGAAACUUGACAAAGAAGACAAUCAGCAGUAUAACUCAAAACAGGAAUUAUGGCCAAUAAACCAGCUUCAAAGAACUCCUCACCGAAA